AUGAUGAAUGCCUACGCCGAGCACGGCCUUGUGGAUCUCGCACAGUGUAUGUUUGAGAAUAUGCCCAUGAGGAACGUGGUGUCCUGGAACUCCAUGAUUUGCGCAUAUGCCCAGAGCGGGCAUUAUAGUAAAGCCGAGGAGCUCUUUCAAAUCAUGCCCGUUCACGAUGAGUACACGUGGACCACUAUGAUCUCUUCCUAUGCUCUCAGUGGCAACACAGGCAAGGCUAUGGCUGUGUUCCAGAGCAUAGGCGCAAGAACAUUAGCUUCUUGGAACGCUAUUAUCUCGGCAUUUGCUCAGGCUGGGGAUUUGUCUUUGGCAAAAGAGUUAUUUGACGGAAUGCCCGCUCGCAAUGUUGUCUCGUGGAACUCCAUCUUGCUUGUGUUUCUUCAGUUGGGGCUGGAAGAAGCCCUGGAAUCGGUGUUUUCGGUUGCCAUGCCGGAGCGCAACGAGAUUUCUUGGAAUGCUGUCUUGCAAGGUUAUUCCAGAAUGAGAGAUUUGGAAGGAGGGAAGGCACUGUUUGAUUCGAUGCCUUGUAGAAGCGUGAUUUCCUGGACAACUAUGCUGAAAACUUACGCGGACGCAUGUAGCCUUAACGAGGCGAAGCGAUUGUUUGCGAUUAUGCCAGAGCGAAGCUCAAUCACCUGGAGCGUGAUGCUUCAAGCAUUUGCACGGUUUGGGCAUGUACAAGAUGGCGAGAGUUUGUUUCAGAUCAUGCGAGAAACCACACUCGACGAUCCCAGUUGCUUGUCAGCCUGGACCAACAUGAUUCUCUUAUACGCCAAUCACUCCAAGAUCGACAAAGCUCGAGCGGUGUUUGAUUCUUUGGCGUGCCUGGACAUGGUCUCCUGGAACACCAUGCUCGCUUGUUACGCACCCGACGUCCACCACUGCAAAGAUUUCUUUGAGCAAAUGCCCAGCCACAACCUGGUGUCUUACAACACUCUCUUGUCCUCACUGGUCAGCUGCCGAUUAUCCGAGGAAGCAGUGAAGAUCUUCGUCGAGAUGCCAGAGAUAAACGCUGUGACAUCCACUGUGAUGAUGCAAGCUUAUGCACAGGAUGGCCAGCUUGCGAGUGCCAGGGACAUCUACGAGACAAUGCCAGAUCGCAACCAAGUAGCUCUCAUCACCGUGAUCUUGGCGCUCGCACAGCAUGGCUACGUUCAAUCCUCGAGAACAGCAUUUGAGCGGUUUGAAAAGCAGCAGGACGUCACGACAUGGAGCUCGAUCAUCGCCGCCUAUGUCCAGAACGGACGCGUGAGCGAGGCACUGGAUCUCUUUCGAGAGAUGAUCUUGCUGGCUUUCAAGCCAGACGAGAUCAUCUUCACGACAAUUCUAGCAGCGGCAGCGAGCCAGCUCGAGCAGUGUUGCCGAGGUUUCUUGUCCAUGAUCGCAGACUUUGGGAUCUCUCCCAGGAUCGAGCAUUACUACUGCUUGGUUGACGCAAUGGGGCGAGCCGGUCAGCUGGAGCGAGCCAUGGAAGUGGUGGAAUCCAUGCCAUUUGUUCCACAGCCGGGCCUGUGGAUGAUUCUUCUGGGAGCAUCGAGAAUCCAUCGAAAUGCAAAGGUUGUGGAAAUGUCGGCUGGAAAAUUGCUGGGUAAGGAUUCAUCCAAUGGUGCUACUUAUAUUUUACUUGCGAGCUCUUGGAACUAA